AUGUCAGACCCGCGCAGGCCGUGGCCUGCGACUUCACCUACGCGCGAAAAAUCCCACUCGCCGUACCGGGACUCUCCAUCCAGACGAUUGAGAGACAUCGAGACAGGCGGCUACAAUUCCCCCCAGAACCGUCCUUACUCCAGUCAGCGAGGUAGACCCGACCACGAACCCCCUUCGCCUGGCUCUCGAGUAGCCGACUGGGAACCUAUCAUUACCAACAUGACCCAGAGCGAGCUUGGCCGCAAGAAGUCUCUCAUCCGCCCUGAACGAAACAGGAUCGACCGAGAUCAUCCCAACUAUUACUACCGCAAGCAUGCGCAGAAUAUGGAAGUCUUCCCCUCGACAACGGGCAACGAUCCGGCCAUGGAAGAUCUGGCUGAAAGACGUACCGUCAGCUCGGACAGCACUGCUCAGAAAACUGCCUUGGACGAAGAUUUCACCCCCAACCAACAACGGAAAGCCCACGUGCCAGGAAUGUUGGAGCCGGUGGGAAAGAAAAAUCAACCGCGGAAGCUGGUCAGGAAGGACACACGAAAAAUCAGUGAAGAGGAGAAGCUACGGCGGAAGGAAUUGGACAAGAUCAAACCUCCAAGCGUAUGGAAUGUGUAUUGUGCCAUCAUCACAUUCUGGGCCCCCGAUUUUGUCCUACAAUGCUUCGGCAUGCCAGCCCGCGCUCAGAGAAGAGCGUGGAGAGAGAAGUGCGGCCUCAUUAGCAUAAUUCUCCUCAUUGCUGCAUUUGUUGGCUUUAUCACCUUCGGCUUCACGGAAACUGUCUGUGGACAAUCUGGACUUCGGCUCAAGAUCAACCAUGUCGACCGGGGUUACAUGAUUUUUCAUGGGAACGCUUACGAUUUAUCACGCUCGCAACACCCUGCCGCUCGGGGGAUCCCCUUGGACAGCAACGUUCUGUACGAUCUGCCACACAAGUAUGGUGGGCAAGACGGAAGUUUUAUGUUCCAGGAAGUCAAUGGAGAUUGCAAAGGGCUAAUUACUCUUGCGCCAGGGUCUGAUGUCCCUACAAACGCUGACGGGGAUUUGGCCUGGUAUUUUCCCUGUACAGCUUUCAACCAAGAUGGUUCCUCGCCGGUCAACACCACUGUGCCUUAUUACCUGGGCUAUGCCUGCCAUACUACCUCCAAGGCGCGCGAUACUUUCUUUCACGGUCUCCGAAAGUCCGGAGAAGUGUUCUUCACCUGGGAUGACGUCAAAAACAAAAGUCGGAAUCUUGUUGUUUAUUCUGGUUCGGUGAUCGACUUGGACCUUCUGCGGUGGUUCAACGAGAGCCAAGUUGCCUGGCCUGCUCAAUUUGACGACCUGCGCAAGAAUGAGCAGAUUCGCGGAAUGGACAUUACGCAUGUUUUGCAAUCGGGUGCCGACAAGAAGGUGGGCAAGUGCCUCAGUCAAAUUGCCAAGGUGGGCUCGAUUGAUACAGAGACCGUGGGUUGCAUUGCUUCCAAAGUUGUCUUGUAUGUCUCGCUGGUCUUCAUCCUGGCCAUCGUCCUGUCAAAAUUCUUCCUUGCCUUGGCCUUCCAGUGGUUCCUGGCUCGGAAGUAUGCGGCUCCGAAAACUUCACAGACGAUGGAUCCGAAACAGCGAGCCCAAGAGAUCGAAGCAUGGACCGACGACAUUUACAAGCCUGCACCGAAACUCAUGGAUCCGGCAACUACCAUCUCAGGCUCUGAUGCGAGGACCAGCAAACGUGGAAGCAUGCUGUUCCCACAGACAUCCAGGUUUACCAGCCCUUAUGCUGUCGACCGUGCCGCGAAGGCCAAUCGGGCUCCGCCGACCACCAUGACCAGCCAGUCCUCGCAAGCCAAACUGACCCAGUCGGGGGCAAGUUUGUACAAGCAUGGAUAUAACAACAGCCAGAAUACGCUCGAUGUACCGACCCGCAUGAGUAUUGGCGCCAGUAGAUCCAGUCUGCUCCUCUCCGGUCACGAGUCACGUUAUUCGGUCACAAUGGAUAAUCUCGGGGCUAAUGGACCCGAGGGUUUCAUCCAUGACAACGUCGUCCCGCAACCACCCCCGGAAUGGCAGCCUUUCGGAUAUCCGCUCGCUCAUACGCUUUGCCUCGUGACUGCGUAUUCGGAAGGUGAGGAAGGCAUUCGUACCACAUUGGACUCCAUCGCUACAACCGACUACCCCAACAGCCAUAAAGCGAUCGUCGUUAUUUGCGACGGUCUCAUCAAAGGCAAAGGAGAAAGCCUGUCCACUCCUGACAUUGUCCUUGGAAUGAUGGGUGAUUUUGUCAUUGCCCCCGAAGAUGUGCAGGCAUUCUCGUAUGUUGCAGUGGCGAGUGGCUCCAAACGACACAACAUGGCCAAGGUAUAUGCCGGGUUUUAUGAUUACGGUCCAGAAUCUAGGAUCGCGCCGAACAAACAACAACGUGUGCCAAUGAUGAUGGUGGUGAAAUGCGGAACACCCGAUGAAGCCACCAAGAGCAAACCUGGAAAUCGAGGCAAACGAGACAGUCAGAUCAUCUUGAUGUCGUUCUUGCAAAAAGUCAUGUUUGAUGAAAGAAUGACGGAGCUGGAAUACGAAAUGUUCAACGGUCUAUGGAAAGUUACUGGCAUGUCUCCCGACUUUUAUGAAACAGUCCUCAUGGUUGAUGCCGACACGAAGGUGUUCCCUGACAGUCUCACCCACAUGAUAUCGGCCAUGGUCCAGGAUCCAGAGAUCAUGGGUCUUUGCGGCGAGACGAAGAUUUCGAACAAGAGUCAGUCAUGGGUUACACGUAUUCAGGUGUUUGAAUAUUUCAUCUCGCACCAUUUAUCCAAGUCAUUCGAAUCCGUCUUUGGUGGUGUCACUUGCCUGCCUGGAUGCUUCUGUAUGUACCGGAUUAAAUCACCCAAAGGUGGCCAGAACUACUGGGUUCCCAUUUUGGCAAAUCCGGAUAUCGUGGAGCGUUACUCGGAAAAUGUGGUGGACACCCUGCACAAGAAGAACUUGUUACUUCUUGGUGAAGAUCGUUACCUUUCGACGUUGAUGCUGAAGACGUUCCCCAAACGCAAACAAGUCUUCGUCCCUCAGGCUGUCUGCAAAACACAAGUUCCUGACGAAUUUAAGGUUCUGCUCUCUCAACGACGAAGAUGGAUCAACAGUACGGUGCACAACUUGAUGGAGCUCGUCCUGGUCCGGGAUCUGUGCGGUACUUUCUGUUUCAGCAUGCAAUUUGUGGUCGGGAUUGAACUUAUCGGUACAUUGGUCUUGCCAGCUGCCAUUGCAUUCACUUUCUAUCUGAUCAUCAUCUCGAUCGUCAAGAAGCCGGUGCCAGUCAUCCCGCUCGUCCUUCUUGCUCUGAUUCUCGGUCUCCCGGCAGUUUUGAUUGUUCUGACAGCGCAUCGUUUGUCAUACGUCAUGUGGAUGGUGAUCUACCUUGGCUCCCUGCCAAUCUGGAACUUUGUCCUACCAACCUACGCUUAUUGGAAGUUCGACGACUUCAGUUGGGGUGACACACGGAAGACGGCGGGCGAGAAGACCAAGAAAGCAGGCCUGGAGUAUGAAGGUGAAUUUGAUAGUACCAAGAUCACCAUGAAGAGAUGGGCCGAUUUCGAGAGAGAACGAAGAAUCCAGUCGAGUGGUAAUUGGGUCCCACAACCCAGUCGACCUGCCAGUGGUUAUGGAUCAACUCAUAAUUUGGAGCACUACCAGGACUACUAA